CGGAAAGUAAAGUGAGCUUCAUCUCGCCAUCCCUUUUACAUUGUAAUUCUUUGACAUCCAAAGCUCCGUACCCUCCAUUGAUAUUCUCAUCUCCUUUGGUCUUCCAUCCCAUUCAUCUUGUACUCGUAGACCUCCUCUCUGUACCAUCACUCAUAUCAACCAUGCUCUCCACCCUCAGACCGGCUGCUCGCAGCGCCCUGCGACAACAGACGACGACUGCGCAGGCAGUUCGCACCGUCAACGCAUCAACAUGGGCCAAUGUCAAAGAAGGACCUCCUGAUGCCAUCCUCGGUAUCACGGAAGCUUUCAAAAAGGAUUCUUUCUCCGAGAAGAUCAACCUUGGUGUCGGUGCCUACCGCGACGACAAGGGCAAGCCUUACGUACUCCCCUCCGUCCGCGCUGCCGAACAAAAGGUCGUCUCGUCGGCUCUCGACAAGGAAUACGCUGGCAUCACGGGUGUCCCGUCCUUCACCAAAGCCGCCGCCCUCCUCGCCUACGGCGCCGACUCGCAGCCCAUCAAGGAGGACCGCAUCGCCAUCACACAGUCCAUCUCCGGCACGGGAGCCUUGCGGAUAGGUGGUGCGUUCCUGCAACGAUUCUACCCCGGUGCGAAGACCAUCUACAUUCCGACGCCGUCAUGGGCGAACCACAAGGCCGUCUUCACCGACUCAGGGCUCGAGGUCAAGAACUACACGUACUACAACAAGGACACGAUAGGCUUGGACUUUGACGGCAUGGUCAAGGACCUCAAGGCCGCGCCGGAAGGCAGCAUGGUCCUCCUCCACGCCUGCGCCCACAACCCCACCGGUAUCGACCCGACCCCGGAGCAGUGGCGCCAGAUCAGCGCCGUCAUGAAAGAGAAGUCGCACUACCCCUUCUUCGACAUGGCCUACCAGGGCUUCGCGAGCGGUGACACCGACAAGGACGCCUACCCGAUCCGUCUCUUCGUCGAGCAGGGUCACGGCUUCGUCCUGGCGCAGUCCUUCGCCAAGAACAUGGGCCUGUACGGCGAGCGAGUCGGCGCCUUCAGUGUCGUGUGCGAGUCGGCCGAGGAGAAGAAGCGCGUCGACUCCCAGAUCAAGAUCCUCGUGCGCCCAUUGUACUCCAACCCGCCCGUCCACGGAGCCAGAAUUGCCAGCGAGAUCCUGAACGACCCCAAGCUCAACCAGCAGUGGCUCGGUGAGGUCAAGGGCAUGGCUGACCGGAUCAUCGAGAUGAGAGCUCUGCUCAAGAAGAACCUUGAAGCCUUGGGAAGCAAACAUAACUGGGACCACAUUACCAACCAGAUCGGCAUGUUCGCCUACACCGGUUUGAAGCCUGAACAAAUGGAAACCUUGGCCAAGGAACACUCCGUCUACGCUACCAAGGAUGGCCGUAUCUCUGUCGCUGGUAUCACGACCGGCAACGUCAAGAGACUCGCCGAGUCCAUCUUCAAGGUCACCGGUUGAAUGUACACUAUGCACUUGUACACUACGAGAUUCCUUGCGUGGGAGGCCGAUCUUUUCGUCGGUCGCAGACCAUACCUGCGACAUGACAAUUCAAAAUAGAAAGGGGAGCGUGUGGGAACAGUUGGCAGAAAGGAGAUGAAGAGACCCUGGCGAAGAGGAAGAAGCCAAAGAAGGCAUGCUGAACAGUGGAUGCUACGAUCGCGCUAGACACACAAGUAUGGCCACCUUGGUGAAUACUUGCGUUCGUUCGGAUGCUAGAUUGUUUAGAUGCUUUCUUUUCGUGAGCAACCAAAUCAAGAAAAGUUUCUUCCACUGUAACAUGUUUUCACGCAGCAGUAUUCCUCCGACAAGAAGAGGAGACAAGUACAAUGGUGGUAGUCGUAUCUGGGCAUGACCAAGGUAGGUAUGUUCUGCUGGUGGUGGAAUGGGUAGUUUUGACGUCUUGUAGUGAUGUACUCGAACAAGGUAAAAAGUACUUUUCAUUCGUCGAGUGUUAUUGUAGGUGGGUGUGAUGGGCCGUGCCGGG